GCGUGCGCGUGCUGAGUGACGGCAAUAUUGCGUUUCAGUGUUAUGCUGUUCCUUUCGCGAGAAAAUCUUUGAGCGAGUAGCAAAUAUGACGAAUUCGGUGCCGGACAGAUGGUUAGAGUACAAUGCUUUCGGCGAUGUAAUAAAGGGCACCAAGAUCCUAGCAUUUAAAGUUCCGCUGAAGGAUGCCAUAGCGAGAAAUCUGCAGCCAGCCGAACGAUUUACUACGACAGUAUUGCUGGAAGCGUUUCCUCAUCUCAAGUAUAUCAUCGACUUGACCAACACAUGUCGCUACUACGACAAAAAGGAAUUUACAAAUGCUGGCGUUAAAUACGAGAAGAUUGCUAUACCAGGAAGAAAAAUACCGACUAUGGAUAUAAUUAAAAAAUUCUUUAAAGUGAUGGAUGAUUUCACAUCGACAUGCGGUGAAGAUGAACUUAUAGGAGUCCAUUGCACGCACGGUGUGAAUCGUACUGGUUAUUUAAUUUGUAGAUAUCUCAUUCAACAGCUAGGUUGGGAUACUCAAGAUUCCUUAAAAGCUUAUCGUCCAAACGAGAUCUUCCUCUGUCUGUAUCCAGCUUUUGGAGAAGCACGUGGCUAUCCCAUCGAACGCGACAUUUAUCUCACCGCGUUACAGGAGGUCCAACGCGGUGAGAAGAUCGACACAAAUAAAAUUGUAUUGAUGCCGGAUCCUAUCAGUCUCACAGCUUCAACUAGGAAGAAUUCGAAGCGCUCGUUGAAAAACUCAGGCCGACCGAUGGGGCCGCCGAUAUUCGCGAUGCCACGACGAGGUUUUGCAAAUGGCAGGCCAUUUUCGUCUCAGAGAUUCGCCAGAGGUAUCGCGGGACCACCACCGGGAUACGGUCCAAUGCCACCACCUCCGUCUGGUAUGCCACCUAUUCCGCUAAUGAGUCCACCGCUCUAUGGCCCUAGGCCGUUCAGAUAUGGACCACCACCGAUACGUCCGGUCCAGGCGAUGCCGCCAACGCCACCCGGACCCGGUUUUCCGCGUGCCGCUUUUCCACCGCGUAUGCCAGGUCCACCGAGGAUGGCGGCUCCACCGAGAUUAUCAGCCGGUCCAGCUGCGCGAUUACCGCCACCGAAGAUGCCACCACCACUACCACCACCGAAGAUGCCUCCACCUUCCAGAUCCAAACAACUCCAAAUACAGAAGAAGCAGCAAAUUCGAAAUGGAAUCAUGGAGCGCUCGGUAAACGUUCAUAUGAGACGAAAUGGUCCGGUCAGCAACAGAAGCUUGCCUAAAGUGCAUAAGGAACAGGACUUCACUGUUGAUACGUUCGAGGAAAAUCUACUUACGACCUCGAAUAUCGCACCACCGCGACGGCAAACGAGAGGACGUUUUAAUCGAGCCAAGUGACCAUAUACUCGUUAGGAAUGCGAUGAUACUUAAAUGAAGGAUUUUCCGUUUGAAACAUCGCAGUUAAAACAAAGGUUCACAGUGUCUAAGGUAGCUUGUGUGCAUAGUUGCUGUCGUGUAACGAACAGAGAUAUUUCACAAUUUACACUGUGAUUAUUUUUGAACAUGGAUUAGGACAUUUAAUGGAUCCACACAAGUUAUAUAAAGUGUGAAUUGUUAUAUCGAUAUCAAUAACACAUACCUCCCAUAGAUUUUUUUUUAUUUUAUGAAUGUAUUUUAUAUUGAAGACAAUGCUAACGAACUUUAUCGGAAAUCUCAUGAUCAUUUUCUGGCUUAUGUCUAUGUACACAUAUUUUUACUUUAAUAAUUCAUUAAAUAAGUGUUUAUGUUGAUUAAAUAAUGU